AAAUAAUUAAAGAAAUGUAUGCUAAUAGGAAGUUGAACAGAUUUGUUGGCCUCUCUCCUGAGCCAAAUUACAAUGAUAGCUUAUUGGUCCCUCAAAAGAAAGAAGAUUUAAAAAAAAUCAUGAAACUAGCUUAUCUCCAACUCAAACAAGAAAUGAAUGAUCUUAACUGUACAAAUGGUAAUAUUAGCAAUUUUCCUUGAAGAUUCACCCCUUGAAGGAAAUCUCCUGAAGAGGAAUGCGAUACAGAAUACCUUCAUAUCAACAAUUCCUCCCACUCAAGCAAGAAGAACUCACUGAGCAUCGAAAGACAAUAUUAUGAAGACUACAGAGAAAUUUUAGAGGAAGAACCAGCCUCACAUCUUAAGUCUUUCCUGAGGAAUUACGAUAUUGAGAGAAUUAAGCAAGAACGGGUCUUACAUAGUUUCACUAUUGGCCGUAAAAUUCGAAGAGCAGAGAAUACAGAUAGAAAAAUUAAUCAGGAAAUAGAGAAUGACAUCAUGGGGCUCUGACCUAGGAAGUCAGAAUAUUAUAUUUCCCUCCCAGAAAGUAAACCUAAGAUCAAUAAAAGGAAAAAGAGCAGAUUAUUGAAUCACUUAUCUCCUCCAGCACAGAGAGAUGAUAAAGUUUUUGACUCAAUUUACCUGGCAAAGAGAACUGACGAUAUGUACAAAAAAUUUGCAAAGACUACUCUUGAAGGUGACAUCAUUAAAGAAAAUAGGACUCAUAAGAAAGGAGGAACUUUGAACACUAAGAUGGUCUCAUUUCGAAAAGAGAGUCCCAAGGCAACUUUAACAAUGAGGAAUACUGACUUACAUAAAAGGAACUUUUCAUCUCUAAAUACUCAGGAGAUCACUGAAGUGAGUCAUGAGUCUAAGAAGCAAAAGAUGUCUGAUCAGAAAAGGGUGAGAAGAAUCAAAAGAGACUAUAAAAUUGGGAAAAUAAAGAAGAAAGAAGACAAUAGUGAGGAGCUAGCAGCAAUUUUGGAGAAGCUUCAGGGAUUCAAACUGAUCCGCAAAGACGCUCACGAAUUCGUAUCUUCCACAAUUAUGAGGAAUAAUAGAAACAAAACUAAUUCAAUGAAGAAUCCAAAGCUAAAACUAGGCUUCGACUCAAGAGUUAAGAGGUUUAAGAGUCCCCACCCAAAAAGGACAAGUUUCACUUUCCAAGUAUUACUAACAGAACUAAUGGGCGUUCAGGCUGCAAGAGCCCAAGAGUUACAGCAAAGGAGCUGAAUCUAUAGGAAAGAUAGGCAAACUUUAAGGGUUAUGAAAAGUUCAGAUUUUAAUAUAAUUCAAUAAUCAGA